AGGCGCCGCUGCCAGCCGCUGGCAGGGGUGCGGAGGGCGUCCGAGCGGGCGGCCCCCGCCUCGCCUCGCCUCACGCCGCUCCCUGGGGGCGCCGAGCGCCGCGGCACCGGGCAGGGCACCCGGCUACGGGGCAGGGCUCGGGCGGCCGCCGCCGCCCUUCAGCGGGGCUCCGGCUCUGCCAGCCCGCCUGGCGGGGCUGUGGCGGCGGCCCCCCGGCGCUGGCCCGGUCGGCGCGGGGAGCGCGGUUUCAGCGACAGCCGCUCCGCCCUUCCCUCUCGGAGAAGGCGCCAGCUCUCCCCUGACACCCCUGCGGGGAGACAAGCGAGGAGGGCCUUGUUUGAGGCGAGAGAGGCUUCAGGCCGGUUCCUUACGUGGCUCGGUGAAGGCGCGGCCCGGCGGACAUGUGGUGGCCCCCCUGGCUGGCCGCCUGGCUGGCCUGGGUCUGUGGGGCCGGGGCCGGGCGCACCGCGCCGCUCUGCGCCUCGGGCGGGCUCUGCCCGGCCGCGCUGGGCCCGAACGCCUCGCAGCCGGGGCCGGGCCGCUGCCCGCCGCGCCGCGGGGCCACCCAGCUCUGCGCCUGGGCCCUCUCCUCCGGCAGCCUCCUGGAUCCUUUUCCAAUUGAUGUGAUCCAGGAAAAUUAUGUCCGUAAUGUGAGAAACUGCAUUUUUUCAAUUGUCUAUCCUACACCUUUUAAAUCUAGAGUUCGUCUUGUAGCUGUUUCAAAGGAAGUUCUUGAAGAUAUUUUGGAUCUUGAUAUAUCUAUCAAAGGAACAUCUGAUUUUCUUCACUUUGUCAGUGGUGGGAAAGUGGUACUUGGGUCUGUUCCAUUGGCCCAUAGGUAUGGUGGUCAUCAGUUUGGUAGCUGGGCAGGUCAGCUGGGUGAUGGAAGAGCCCACUUGAUUGGAGUAUAUACAAACAGGCAUGGCGAGAGGUGGGAACUGCAGUUAAAAGGCUCGGGAAAGACCCCAUAUUCCAGGAAUGGCGAUGGAAGAGCUGUGCUUCGCUCUUCUGUGAGAGAGUUUUUGUGUAGCGAGGCCAUGCACUAUCUUGGAAUUCCUACAAGCAGAGCUGCUAGCUUAGUUGUAAGUGAUGAUGAUGUGUGGAGAGACCAGUUCUAUAAUGGAAAUAUUAAGAAAGAAAGAGGUGCAAUAGUGCUACGUCUUGCCAAAUCGUGGUUUCGUAUAGGAUCCUUAGAAAUUUUAGCUCAUUCUGGGGAACUGGACUUACUCAGAAGAUUGCUAGACUUUAUCAUCCAGGAACAUUUUCCAUCAAUAGCCAUGAAUGAUUCAAAUAGAUAUCUGGAAUUUUUCUCUACAGUCGUAUCGGAGACUGCAAAUCUGAUUGCAUUGUGGAUGUCUGUGGGGUUUGCACAUGGUGUGUGCAAUACAGAUAACUUUAGUUUAUUAUCCAUAACAAUAGAUUAUGGUCCAUUUGGAUUUAUGGACUCCUAUGACCCAAAUUUUGUUCCAAACACAUCUGAUGAUGAAAGUAGGUAUAAAAUAGGAAACCAGGCAAAUGUUGGGCUGUUUAAUCUGAGCAAGCUGUUACAAGCUCUAAAACCUUUACUGGAUCCCAGACAAAAGCAGCUAGCUUCCCAGAUUUUGGAGGGGUAUGGUGAGCACUAUUACACCCGUUUCACAGAACUAUUCAAAACAAAAUUGGGCCUUCUUGGGGAGAAUAAGGAUGAUAACUAUUUGAUUGCUUUCCUCCUAAAACUUAUGGAAGAUACAAAGGCUGAUUUUACAAUGACAUUUCGACAGCUCAGUGAAAUUACUGAAGACCAGCUAAAGGAGCUCCAUAUUCCUGAGCUGUGAGCUUUGGCUACUUUCUCUCAACCGAGCAAUACGAAGCACCUGUUAGCUCAGUGUAAUCUGCCAGGGAAGCAGAGUUUGUGGUGGUUGUCCAGCACUGGAGGCAGUAACCCCAAGCUGUGGUUUCUCUCUGCCUUUUCUAAGUUCAGUCUCCUCUCCCUUCUUCCUCUCCUGUGUUCUCUGUUCUCCUUCUUCUCCUAUCCCUGUAGCCUUAAGUUCCCUUUUUUUCCCCACGCUUUAUCUUUCUUUUUCAAUAUAUUUUCCCUUAUUUCACAAUUCUGAAAAAAGAAAAAUAAUCCCUACAAAUAGAUCUGACAUGUACAAAACACAGAAGAGAGUAAAACCUGUAGUUAUGUAGCCUAAAAAAUAAAAUAGGACACAUAAUAAGCCAAGGAAAAAUAGGGAUGAAGCGCUGGAGGUGUUUAGGUAGAAUUUGCCAUAACACAGGUGUAUUAAUAUGGAUGUAUUGUGCUAGAAAAAAUAAAUUAUUUAUAGACAGAGGAAAAGAUACUAGUAGAAUUUGGGGGGGAGAGAACCCCUUCCCUCUUAAAUCCUUUUAAUAAUUUGUUGUCCUGAUUUCAGUUGGGAUAGGGUUAAUUUUCUUCCUUGUAGCUGGUGCAGUGCUGUGGUUUGGAUUUAGGAUGAGAAUAAUGCUGAUGACUCUGAUGUUUUAGUUGUUGCUGAGCAGUGCUUACACUAAGUCAAGGGCUUUUCAGCUUCUCAUGCUGAGGGGAGGCACAAGAAGCUGGGAAGGGACACAGCCAGGACAGCUGACCCAAACUGGCCAAGGGGAUGUGAUAUCAUGCUCAGUAUAUAAAAUAGGGGGAAAGCUGGCCAGGGGCCACUGCUUGGGAGCAGGCUGGGCAUCAGCUGGUGGUGAGCAAUUGUUUUUCAUUUGCAUCACUUGUUUUUCUUGGGUUUUCUUUAUCUGUCUUUUUGUUAUUUUUCUUUUCAUUGUGAAUUAUUAUUAUUAUUGCUAUUACCAAUUGUUAAACUGUUCUUAUCUCUAAAACCAAUUUUUCUUACUUUCACCCUUCUGAUUCUCUGUGAAUCAGUGAGCAGCUGUGUGCGGCUUAGCUGCUGCCUGGGGUUAAACCACAACAUUCAUUUGCUUACUUUGGUUUUUGCUUAUAGGAACAAAAUUCUGAUCAUCUGCCAUUAACUGCUUCUUUCU